UUUUACUUUAUGGUGGUAGUGAAUUGUUCUUUUUCUUUUUGUCUUCGUGGGAAGGUACCUUCUUUGGUUGAUGAUAAAAGUAGGAAGAAGUUUGAAGAAAUCUAAUUGAGUGAAUCGAUGUAUUGUGCAUAAGGUUGAGGAAAAAUAUUUACUUUUAUAUUGCACUUAUAAUAGUUGAAAAUAUUUAUAUAGUAUGAGAAAAUGAAACUAUUGGCACCCCUUGCAAAGCAGACGAGGAAUCUUGCAAUCUUACAAUGUUUGGACAACCGUGUAUGGAAUUAUGGGAAUGAAUUAGGCUUAUUUCCCAACUCUGUUACUUAUUUGGAGCUGUGGGUUUGAUUGGUCUCUGCACUGGAGGCGGAACGACAGGGAUGAAGUUUAAGUCAUUUCUUACUGAAAAUGGAGUAAAUCUCUUAGAAAAGAGGUUUCUCCCAGCCCUAGAAAAAAUGGGAAAGUUAUGCCAUCUCUUCCUUACGAGAGACCAUGUUAUGUUUCUCCACAAUCUUCUCAAUGGUGAUGGAAUCCAAUGCAUUGCUCAGUUUCGCAAGCAAGCUCUCUUCGAUGAUUAUCGUAUCUCCAGCCAGAAUGACGACCGCAUUGCUUUCGCCGUAGAUGUCUCGCUUCUCUAUCGUGCUGUUCGCAGCAGUGUCAGCAUCUGUACUGAUUUCAGUAAUGGACCUACUGCUAAUCGGCUCCAAAUGAAAUUGGUGAAAAAGCUGCCUCCAAAUUCUACUCAAUCAAUGCCUUUUCUCACUUUCGAAACUAAGGGUUACAAGAGUGCUGUUAUUCAAGAUGUGCCGAUCUCGAAACCAUUAUCUAGGGCUCAACUUCAUGAACUUCAAACUGCUCUUGAUAUGACACAAGAUCUACCUCAAACUCUGGUUCAAGUUCCAGAUUCAAAUCAGUUGCAGAACUUUGUGGAUCGCAUGAAACAUGUUGGUGAUGUUCUAAGCAUCUCUAUAAGCAAAUGCGGGGAUCUACAUUUACAGAUUUCAACAACUUUAAUCAGGCUUGGUGCUGAAUUUCGGAACUUGUUGGUGAUCGGAGAGCAAGCUGAAGCUCCAGCCGAAGAUCGAAAUCUCAGUGCUCAGACACGGUCAGAUAGAGCAAUUUUGAGGGGAGAUGCUCAAUCCGUCCAAGUGAGUGUGAGACACUUUUUUAGAAGCCUUCAAUGUCAACUUGCCAAGCCAGAUUGUGCUUUCUAUGGGAUUUCUCCACAAGGUGCCUGCUUGACGGUAAUAUUCCAGUUCUUCAUUCCUGGAACACGUCAGACAGAUAAGUCUAUCAGUUUACAUUGCAGGCUUCCUGUACUCGACCCAGGGUCAAACUGAAAAUUUAUUGUAGCUAAGUAUAUAGCUUCGGCCUUAAGAUUACGAUACUAGUUGAAUCCUUCUCUUAAAUUGUUCUAAUUCAGAGUUGCAGUUCCCUGUGUAAUCUUCAAGAAGCUAUUUCCAGGGAAAA